AUGCAGGCUUCUAAUCCCCCCGACACGCCGACUCUAAACGCUGGGUUUGUCAGAAAUCCAAUUUACUUGCACUUUUUGGGACAGGCUGGGCCACUCUCGGAGUGUGAUCUGAUUAAACACAGUGGAUACAAGUCAUUUCAUUCCUGUAUUGCUACGGCGGGUGUUAACGGCAAAGAUCCUUACGCCAACGCAGUCUUACUCACGUGCAAGGACACUGAUCGGUCUUUGAAAGCGGAUUCGCUCUACUCGAUGACCUGCAGAUUGAUAGCGUCGAACACUGCCAACUUUGAUCAUCUGCAUUUCACCAGAGAAGACAUUUUGAGUCUUGGCAAGCCCAGACCCGGAGCAAAGAAUUGCGCUGCAAAAUUUAUCAACAAGGUGGCCUCGACUGUGCAUGGACGCAUUUUUGAUAGGGAAAUCCUGGACGACAGUAGUGACGAUGGGGAGUACACUAUUCUUCUUACCCUUAAACACGUCGACCAUGACCCAAUCGGAGGUUCGGUAGUCGUAUGGUUGACUAAGCAUCACGUCGCAUCGCGUUUGGACUCAACGCAUCAAGUUGAAGAUUGCCAAAUUGGAGCAGAAGUCCUGAUCCACGGCACCGUCAUUGACUAUGACGAAGUGACCAGCUGUUGGGAAUUUAGAGUCCGAGAUAUCACGAUAUGUGAGCGGAGUGAUAUCCAGCCAAACCAAGUUGGGACCAGUACCACCGAGGUUUAUGAUGUCGUGCAUGGACCUCGAGCUGGGCUCUGGAUCCGCAAACAAACGUGCGAGGUUGGCCUGAGGUUUGCAGCCACUUGGCAGUCCCGCGCGUGUUGCGCGACGUUGCUAUCUUUUGGAGAGUGGGUGGCUUUUAGUCCGAUGGCACUACAUGUAAAUACACCUGAAUUGCAAAUAGUUGUCCAUAAAUAUACGGGCGCUGCAACUCUUUAUUGGUCGGGUGACAUCUUAAACAACAUCACCCCUGGUAAUGUUAUUGAUGCGCGUGUAAUACAAUGA